UCCUUCCUCUAAGCAACAUGGGGUACGUUGGCAAGGAAAUUUCGAUGCGUCAUUCCUACUUGGCAAUGGCUCUCUCCAGGAUACCACACUGCAUUUAAUGGUCAUGUCUCUCUGUUUAUGACAGCCUGUCAGAGUUUGGUUUUCAUGACAGAAAAGAUAUUUUAGGAAUCCUGGGGUUGGUUUUUUCUUUUUUUUUUCAAGGAAGAACGCGAGUUAUGGGUUUGGGGAGGAAUACAGGAGGGAAAUGCUGUCUAUGUGACUUAUUCCGGAUGCUGUCACCUUGACCAGCUGGCCAAGGCGGUAUUUGCCAGGUUAGUUCCCACCCAGCCCCUCUUCCACGUUGUACUUUCAGGAAUCCGCUUACUGAGCACAGCCCACAUCCAAGGUGGUGGGUAGAAACGGAGCUCCGUCUCCUGGAACUGGUAUCCACGUGGAGCGGGACAGGUGGGGAGACGGAGACCGUGUCCCGGCCGUGGGAGGGGAGGAGUGGAGCGGGGUGGGGAGCAGGUAGCGUCAGCCCGGUAGGGCCUGCGGGCGGCGAGGGGCGUCCUAGGAGCUGCGUCCUAGUGGAGCACAGGGCAAGCCUGGGCAGCUAGGCUCCUCGGAGGGUCGUAGCCGCCCCCGAAACACCGAGCCCCAACCCAGCGGUCAAGGUUGGGCGCAACCGGCGAAUCGAGGGAGCUGCGCAUGCGCGCACACCGGCGACGGGAAGGGGCGGGGCUCCGCGAGUGACUGACGUCUGGGCGGCCGAGGGCCAGAGGCGGGCGUGGUGGCUCUCAGCCUCUGACUGUGCGGGUUGGGUCGCCCUCGGGCCCGUGCAAUGUCAGAGGCCGUGGCGAGCUUGCGGGUGAGCCGUGGGACUUCCGGCUGGGCACCUACACAGAAACUCCAGUUUAGUAUGCAGAAGGGAAGAGGGAGAACAAGCCGGAUCAGGAGGCGAAAACACCUCAGAAGUUCUGAAUCAAGAGGAGUGAAUGAGAGCUACAAGUCUGAAUUUAUAGAGCUAAAGAAGUGGCUGAAAAACAGGAAGUUUGAAGAUAGGAACUUAAUUCCUGCUCAUUUUCCAGGUACAGGAAGAGGGCUGAUGAGCAGAACACCCCUGCGGGAGGGACAGAUGAUUAUUUCAUUGCCUGAGAGUUGCCUGCUCACCACGGAAACAGUGAUUCGAAGCUACUUAGGGGUGUACAUUACUAAGUGGAAGCCUUGUCCAUCUCCUCUGCUGGCUCUGUGCACCUUUUUAGUGUCAGAAAGGCAUGCUGGGGACCGGUCUCUCUGGAAGCCUUACUUGCAGAUUUUACCCAAGACCUACACCUGCCCUGUUUGUUUGGAGCCAGAAGUGGUGAAUCUUCUACCCAAAGGGUUAAAAGCAAAGACUGAAGAGCAGCGAGCCCAUGUGCAGAAGCUUUUCACCUCCUCCAGAGGCUUUUUCUCUUCCCUGCAGCCUCUGUUUGCAGAGCCCAUUGACAGCAUCUUCAGCUACAGCGCCCUCCUGUGGGCCUGGUGCACUGUCAACACCCGAGCUGUGUACCUGAGGCCUAGGAAGCAGGAAUGCCUUUCUGCAGGGCCGGACACCUGUGCGCUUGCUCCAUACCUGGAUUUGUUGAAUCACAGCCCUCACGUCCAGGUAAAUGCAGCAUUUAAUGAGAAGACUCGUUGUUAUGAAAUUAGAACAGCUUCCGGUUGUAGAAAGCACGAGGAGGUAUUCAUCUGCUAUGGCCCACACGACAACCAGCGGCUGCUGCUGGAGUAUGGCUUUGUUUCCCCCUGCAAUCCUCAUGCUUGUGUUUAUGUCUCAAGAGAUACACUUGUUAAAUAUCUUCCAUCAACUGAUAAACAGAUGAACAAAAAGAUUUCCAUUCUAAAGGAUCAUGGCUUUAUAGAAAAUUUGACAUUUGGAUGGGAUGGGCCAUCUUGGAGGUUACUCACAGCUCUUAAGUUGUUAUGUCUGGAAGCUGAAAAAUUUACGUGCUGGAAAAAAGUUCUUCUUGGAGAAGUAAUUUCAGAUGCAAAUGAGAAGACAAGUUUGGAUGUAGCCCAGAAAAUAUGCCAUCAUCUCCUAGAGGAGAGUUCUGCUAUGCUUCAGAGGGUUUCUCACAUGAAGGAUGAAAAGGUGUCUUUGGUAAGCCAGCUGGCUUUGGUGGAAACACUGUGGCGGGAAGAGCUGAAGGUCCUCCAGGCCUCCGCUGAGACCCUYGCCAGCCUGCAYGUCACUUACCUGGCCUCCCCCGAASGCCUGGGGUCGCCUCCUGUGGUGGGUGUGACUUAAGCAUUUUUAAACCAAGUUGGAUUAAACGGAUUUUCUCUCA